AACAUAGGCUCACACGUGUUUUGGUAUUUCACCAUCGUUUCAUCUUGGCGAAAAGCGGAAAAGCCUCCGCACCAGGGUCAGAAACACAGUCUGACACUCUGGUGGCGCAUUCACCACCACCUGCUCUCGAUUUCUGGAGACAGAUUGUAUUGUUUGAUGUGGCGGCAUUAUUCUACACAGCCAUCAGACCAAUCACCACACAAGAGGACCCAUCAAGCAUCGUUUCAGCUUCCAAGACGCCGCGAUUUCUGGGCAUUUCAAACACUUAAGUCCACAGCGUAUGGAACCGAGGUGUCGUUUUGCUCCCUCACCAUGCCGCUGUACCCGUUCUUCGUAGAAUCUUCCACUGUGCUAUCUUCCCUUCCUCCCCGCAGCGGGGUGCUAUGAAGCAGCAGAUGUCGGAUGCCCUGGCCUCAUCGAUGCCGCAUACUAUUUGCGCCUUCAGAUUCCGCAAAUUCCCUGCCAUGGCGGGUUUGAUACCCAAGGAAUCGCGAUAGCCGCCAGUCGAGGACAAGGGAUCGGGAGAAUGGGUUGUAGAGUGGAGAGUGAAUAUAAGGUGCUCACGACACGAUCACCUUAUAUCCUCAGACAACAAUCGUUCUCAAACUUGCUCAUCCGCCUUUCCUUCUCUUCUCUCUCAUUCAUUCUCUUCGUUAGUGGCCGGACCACCUCCUUACUCUGAACUUUAUCAUAAAUUUACGUUUGAUCGACACAUUCCCUACCUUUCACUAUGAAGUUCAGUGGUCUCGCCCUAUUGGCCCUUGGUGCCUCUACAGCUGCUGCUUAUGUGGUCACUGAGGACGCCCCCAAAAAUGCCCUGGCGGCUCGAUCUGGGCCUGCUCUAGCUGCUUCCAUCGUAGCUCGUCACCACAAGGGCCGCAAGAAUGGUCGCCGUGAAGCUGAGGCUGCCACCGUUGAGACCCGUGAGCCUCACCACAAGGGUCGCAAGAACGGUAGACGUGCAGUCGAUAUUGCAGCCCGCGAGCCCCACCACAAAGGACGCAAGAACGGAAAGCGUGACGAGGAAGAAGAGCAUGACAUUGAGACCCGUGAGCCUCACCACAAGGGGCGCAAGAAUGGCAAGCGUGAAGAAGAGGAUGAGCACGACCUUGAAACCCGCGAGCCCCAUCACAAAGGCCGCAAGAACGGAAAGCGUGAUGAGGAAGACGAGCAUGAUCUUGAGACCCGUGAGCCUCACCACAAGGGAAGGAAGAACGGUCGCGCCAUAGAGGCAGAUGAUGACGAGGACGACGAGGAAUCCGAUCUUGCUGCCCGCUCACCUCACCACAAAGGACGCAAGAACGGUCGCGCAGUUGAGGAGGAUGAUGAGCACGACGAUGCUGACUUGGCUGCCCGCUCACCCCACCACAAAGGAAGGAAGAAUGGCCGUUCCGUUGAGAUUGAAGCUCGUGAACCCCACCACAAGGGACGAAAGAACGGUCGCUCAGUCGAGAUCGAGGCCCGUGAGCCCCACCACAAGGGACGCAAAAACGGCCGCUCAGUAGAAAUUGAAGCUCGGGCGCCUCAUCACAAGGGACGCAAGAACGGCCGCUCAGUCGAGGACGAGGAGCACGAGGAUGCCGAUUUGGCUGCCCGCUCCCCCCACCACAAGGGUCGCAAGGGUAACUAA